GAGAAGUUGGCCCUCAUGCUCUUGAACCACUCUUUUAAGUUCAUCGAAGGACCAGGAUUCGUAGAUUUCAUAAAGGUGCUGCAGCCAAGAUAUCUGAUAAAGUCGAGGAGCUACUAUGAGAACAUACUGUGUGGGAAUAUAUACAGGAAAAUGCAGGAGCAUCUGAAACUGCAGCUGGAUCUGCUGGAUGCCAUCUCGUUAUCCACAAGUCUUUGGCGGGGUGACAAAGGCGAAGGACUGUUGAGCUUGUGUUGUUCUGGGAUCACAAGGGAUUUUAGAACUCAUCGUUUUAUGCUGAAAUGCGAGGUUCUAAAUUAUGAAAGCGCCUCCAAAGUGGCCUGUUCUAUUCGAGAUUUGGUGCCCAGCUUAACGAUAGAGGUGCCCAAGGAGAAGACGCACUGCAUCAUCAGGGACGAGAUGACGGCCCUGCCAGGAUCCCUGCCCGACUGCAGUGUCCAUCGCCUGCAAAUGUGCGUGAGAUUUGCUCUGCAGUCCAACGAAUUGCUCCAGAAUCUGUCAUCGAAGUGCAAGCAAAUAGUUGACCACUUUGCCUCCUCCAAGAUGGCCAACGAUCAUCUUAAAUUUAUUCACGAAAUCCGCCUGACGCGAGAUCCUUGUGCACUGGUACCCUAUGAUCCUUUGCAAUGGAAUUCAACCUUCAAGAUGAUGGCCAGCGUGAUCAGGAUGAAAGAUGCUAUAUCCCUCUAUUGCGAAGAGUAUAAUCUGAUCCAAAUAUAUCCCGAUGAAUGGGUAGAGAUUGAUUUGUGCAAUAAAGUAAUGCAGCCGUGUGAGGAAACCAUUAAGAUUUGGAGCAAUCCCUCAACGACGACUUCAUCGGUAAUUCCACUGGUGGCCGCUUUACGGGACUCACUUCGUACCGAUGUCCAUAACUUCGUUUCUUCGGUGACUAUUUGUAGUUUUGCCAGAAAGCUGCUUGAAGAACUGGAAAUGAAGUUUUCCCAUGUCACCUCCGAUAUACAGUUCUUGAUGGCCACCUAUUUGGAUCCGAGAUACAAGCAGGCAUUCUUCACCGAGCGAGAGGAGCACUUGGUGGCCAAUGAAGUUUUGGUUUUGCUUACCAGAGUGCAAGAUGAACGGAAUGGUCAACCGCCGUUGAAAAUAAUCAAAGUGGCGUCCUCUUCCUCUCUUAAGAAUGAAUCAAAGAUUGAUAGUAUACUGGAUAGUAUACUGACAACAGCCGCUACCAAUAAUACUCAACAGGCAACCACGUCUUUCGGGUCUCAGUCGCAGAUUAAGAACCUACUAUACUUGUACAAUUCCGAGCCCAGAAUCGAUAGGAACAUGGAUCCUUUGAUGUGGUGGAAGGCAAACAUAAAGUAUAGUGCCUUGUAUGCCAUCGUUCGGAAAUUUCUAUCGGCACCAGCAGCGAGUGUGGCUAGUGAAGGCUUAUUCAGAGAUUCUGCACACUUGUACGGUGAUAUGCAAGCGGGUCUGAGCUCCGAAAAUGCUUCCAAAAUAUUGCUCAUAAAGUCUAACUAUUGUAAUUCGGACAUCAAGCAGUAG